UCUCAAAUCGAACAACUCGGAACAAACAUUUUAUCAAUAAAGCUUUGCUUACAAAACAAGACACAUCAUGGCGGCCCCCAUGGAUGAAAGUGGGAGUUGGUUCCCUGCAUUGGCGCUUGGAGUUUCUUUCUUAAAAUGUCUUUUGAUAAACGCAUAUCAUUCCACGGACUUCGAGGUGCAUAGAAACUGGCUCGCCAUCACACAUAGUUUACCAGUGUCCAAGUGGUAUUAUGAGAAUACCUCAGAGUGGACCCUGGACUACCCGCCCCUCUUUGCCUGGUUUGAAUAUGGCCUGUCCCAUGUCGCCCAGCACUUUGACAAGGAGAUGCUGGUGGUGCAGAACCUGGCCUACGCCAGCUCUGCCACGGUCCUCUUCCAGAGACUCUCGGUCAUCGUAACCGACAUUGUCUUCAUCUACGCUGUCAGAGAGUGCUGCAGAACGGUCCGUCAGAACAGGAGCUCCAGGGAUGUUCUGGGGCAGCCCAGCUUCAUCCUGGCAGCUCUGCUGCUCUGGAACUUCGGCCUCCUUGUUGUCGAUCAUAUUCAUUUCCAGUACAAUGGUUUCUUGUUUGGUGUUCUGCUACUGUCCAUCGCAAGACAUUUACAGGCCAGACAUCUGGAGGGAGCGCUGCUGUUUGCAGUCCUGUUGAACCUGAAACACAUCUACCUGUAUGUCGCUCCAGCGUACGGCAUCUUCCUGCUGAGGAGCUUCUGUUUCACCCAGGACAACACUGACGGCUCGCUGAGGUGGAGCAGCUUCAGCCCCGUGCGCCUGGUGGCUCUGGGCAGCAUGGUGGUCUCUGUCUUCGCUCUGUCGUUCGGUCCUUUCAUAGCCAUGGGCCAGCUCCCCCAGGUCCUGUCCAGACUCUUCCCCUUCAAGAGAGGUCUCUGCCACGCCUACUGGGCCCCCAACGUCUGGGCCCUCUACAACGGGCUGGACAAGGUUCUGUCAGUCCUGGGGGUGCGUCUCAAGCUGCUGGAUGUGAAGAAGCUUCCAGAAGCCUCGAUGACCGGCGGACUGGUGCAGGAGUUCCAGCACUCCGUCCUGCCUUCCAUCUCUCCCUCCAUCACCCUCAUCUGCACUCUGGCAUCCGUCCUGCCCGCGGUGGUGAGUAUCUGGCGUCGUCCGCGCGGCGCCCGUGGGUUCCUGCGCUGCCUGGUGGUCUGUGCCCUCAGCACCUUCAUGUUCGGCUGGCACGUCCACGAGAAGGCCAUCCUCAUCGCCAUCUUGCCCCUCAGCAUACUAGCGGUCGAGAGCAGAGAGGAUGCUAGGAUCUUCCUGAUGCUGGCCACCACCGGACACUAUUCUCUGUUCCCACUUCUCUUCACACCUGCAGAGCUGCCCGUCAAACUGCUGCUCAUGCUGCUGUUCACCCUCUACAGCUUCUCCUCCCUGAGGACGCUCUUCAGUGGCCAGGGCCCCCUUCUGCACCUUCUGGAAGCUUCCUACCUCCUGGGCCUUUCUGCCGUGGAGAUCAUCUGUGAGAUUCUCUACCCUCUGUCGCCGUGGCAGCAGACCCUGCCCUUUGUGCCCCUGCUGGUGACGUCGGUGUACUGCUCCGUGGGCGUGGCCUACUCCUUCCUCCUCCUCUACCUGUCCCUGCUGCGGCGGCCGUCAGACAAACACAAACGCCUGUGAGAGCUCGUCUCCUCCCUCCCAGCAAACCCUGACCUCUUAGCUCACGCUCUGGAGGGCUCCACGGCAACGACGUGUCGCUUCAACCGAUCCAGAACAGCGCUUAACGACCGGUCUUUGGGGAAGAUGUUUGUGUGGGAACAGGUGUGCCCCGGCAGGUGUGCCCCGGCAGGUGUUGGACGACCCGAAACGCCCCCCCCUGUGAAGUGCUGAGUGUGUGUACAGGUAGCGUGUCUUUUUCCAAAUGCAACUAGUCCACUGGUGAGGGGAUUUGUGGUGGUCUUUUUUGAGCGGUAACUGCACAGGUAUUAUCAUUACCAUUAUGGUAGUUGGUUUAAAGUUCAGGUAAUCCAGGUGGGUUAGGGAUUAGAUCUGUACAGACCUGGCUCAGAGCUGCAGCAGGGAGCAAGCAGAUAUGAAUCCACUCAGCAGGAGCAGAGUUGGGGUAGUUAUAGUAAUAUCAUCACUGGAAUAGCUGAAGGAGAGCCCGGGAAGGGGUAGGAUAAAUAUAUAAGAAUUCUCUCCAACGAUGGACCAAAAGUAUAAACUUUUUAGGGACGGUAUGUGAAAUCAUCUUUAAACUUAAAACUCUGUUUUGUACCUUUUUGAAGUAAAACAUUUGUGUUGUGAACACGUUAUUUCUAGUAGUGUUGUUGUCGGUUAGUCGUAAUUUAUGGGUUCUAGGUAAAUUGGUGUGAAUUAAAAUUAAGUUUAAUUGAGUUAGCUGGAGGUGACUAUCAUGCCCUCAGAGUUCCAUCUCUAAUGUCCUGAGUGUCCGUGACUCAGAUCUUCAACUGUCAGCUCCAUGUUUCAUUUAUAUUAUAAACAAAUAAGUAUUUAAGAUAUCAAAUAAUCAGUGUCUUUUUAAAAGGUUUAUUGAUAAGGCAACACCAAUUGAUUAAUAUAAAUCAAUCAAACUUAUAAUCAGUAAGUAAUGUUAAAUGAUUGCUUACUGAGUUCUCCUAUUGCACACAAGUCACAGCCUGAGACCCUUUCAUGAAUAUGCACAGUCCACUCAGUACAACGUCGGAAUUCACAUCUUUAUAAAACACAAGCAUCAUUAUGUACAACACGCUGACGUUCUCUCCUCUGCUGUGUGCAUUCCCUUCCAUUCUCUGAAUACAAAAAUAGAUAAAAAGACAAAAACAGAAGACAAAAAAACAACUGUCUGUAGUUCAGAGAAGUCCUCACAGAGAACUGAUAACCAGCAGUCAGUCUUCCCUCAAAGCUUAC